AUGGGACUGUAUGUCACUGGCUUAGUACUGGUAGCGUUUGUGGCUGUCCAGUUGGAAGGCAUUCAUGGAGUGGAGGACUGGAAUCUGAGACAGUUGGCCUCCAUCCGGGCGUCCCUGAAGCUGAGUGACGUCGACUGUUACACCGGAAGUGGGGAGAACUACCGAGGAACUGUGGGAGUGACGGAAACUAACGAACCCUGCCUGGCCUGGAAUUCUAAUGACGUGGUCAACUUCCGCGCCAAAAGUACCAAAACAGUCCCUGGUGGGCAGUACAACGUCGGUAACCAUAACUUCUGCCGUAAUCCCAUCCCCGGUAUCGUGACCCGCCCAUGGUGCUAUGUGGCCUCCAAAAACGACUGGGCUUUCUGUCCCGUGUCUAAGUGUACAGCUUCCGCUUCCGGUACCACCGGUGGUGCCCAGAGGGCCACCGUGACGUGCCCAGCCAUCACCCCGCCCACUACUGCCGUGACCGGCUGCGCCAAGGGCAAGUCCUUCCCGGUGGGCCACAAAUGCUGGGUGCUGUGUCCCACAGGACAGAAGAUCAUGACCACUGAGUGCCAGGCUACCGGGAAGUGGAGCGUGGAACCCUCUAAGAUGACCUGCUCGGCUAGUGCAGCAUCCCAAACGGGCGGCAGUGGAACCGGUGGCGGAAGCACCUCUGGUGGGAUCGGGCCGCUGGACAAGGUGUGCCCGGCGCUGAACGUCCCCACCGGCGGCUUCUCCAACUGCAAGGGCCCGCAGCGCAUCGGCGCGACCUGCGGGGUCGGCUGCCUGGGUGCCGUCACCACCGGGGUGGAGUACAUCAAGACCACCUGCAUGUCGGACCAGAAGUGGACCAAGCCAACUGAGUUCACCGCUACCAAUACCAAACUGGGGUGUGCAGGAUCCCCAGUCAUCCCGCCGAACGCCCUGCACGUGCCUGCGGGAACCGGCGGCGGCGGCACCGGGGGGAGUUCCAGCACGACUUGUUACAAGGUCGCCGACAAGGGCAAGUCCUACCGCGGGAACCAGGCUAAAACCGCCAAGGACGCCAGCGGAGUCCAGUAUGACUGUCUGAAGUGGGACGCGCCGGAACUGAAGUACUACUUCUACAACAUCGCCAACUUUCCUAACGACAAGGACGGCAUCGGUAAACACAACUUCUGCCGUAACCCUGCCCCUGAACCCGAGCCCUGGUGCUACUACAUGUAUCAGAACAAGGUUCAGUUCAAGUCUUGUGGUGUGCCGAAAUGUCCUUAGAAAAGUACAGUACACUGUGGCAGGAUUUGGCGUUAAAAAAAGGUUUUAAAAGAGUCCAAAAAUUACCACCAUUUUUGGAUCUACAGUGACUAAGUUUUUUUUUCAGACAGUUAAGAUUAUAUAUCAUAAGUUGAUAUGUUUUAUCUUUGCUUUAUAAACUGGUGGCAUUUUUCCUUGCAAUGAAGUUGAUACCUACCUCUUCAAGAUAGUGAUUAGAGUAGGCCGGUAUGAUAGUUUUUUUAAAGAAAAGUUAUAUGGUCACUGGGUCACAAUAAUAACAACGGUCAAUCACAGGACACAAAGUAUUUGGCAUUAGGCCAUGUUGAUUUGAUUAUAUGGAUGACAUCCUCUGGGAACCCCAAAACUGAUG